AUGUUCCGCGACAAGUGGUUAUGGGCAAAGGAUACAAAUAAGCAAGACAUACCACGACAGUUUGAAUGUAUACGCGAACUUCAAAAGGGAACUUCUGCCACUGCAUAUGUCAUGAAACGAGAGGACCUUGUGCAAGGCGAAACAAGACUGUUUGUUGCGAAAGUGAUUGAUAAGUUUAUAAACCAUGAAGGGAAACGCAGAACAAUACCGGAAAUAAGAGAUUUUGUGAAAGACCUGAAGAAUGAAGCACGAAUUACGGCAAAAAUGCGGCAUAAGAACGUAAUAAUGUGCUAUGGAGCAUUUGAGAACGACAGGGAAUGGGUACUAGUAUUCGACUAUGCAGAAGGUGGCGAACUCUUUGACCGACUAGAGAAAGUUGAGUAUUUCAGCGAGGAAAUUGCUGUUCACUAUAUAAGACCUGAUAACUUCUACAUAAAGAGAGCAUACAACGAACAUACACCCUGUACUAAGGAUCGUCUUUUACUUGGAGACUUUGGAUAUGCACUUCAGCUUAAGAGGGAUACUAUAUUGGACCGGCCAUGUGGAACUAAAGAUUAUGUAGCACCUGAAAUAUAUAGAAUGGACGGCAAAAGUCUGAAAAAGUAUACAAUAGCAGUUGACAUCUGGUCAUUAGGCAAAUAUAAAGGGGAGGAUAAGGAGAGUGUUCGGGUACUCUUGGCAGCAGUCCAGAUAACUGAUGAACAUGUUGAGAAUGUCCUUUCAGAAAGCAAGUCAUACUUAUCUGACACAGGAAGAGAGUUUUUGCAUGGUUGCCUAUGUGUAAAUCCUGAUGAUAGAGAAACAGCAGAAAGACUUGUGAAAAUAGUAGAGCAGUGGUAUAAUGAACAAGCAAAGCAGCAUGGUCUCAAUUAUUGGGACUUUAACACAAUGGAGACAUGGAAAAAAUUCAUGAAAAAGGCAGUUGAGGAAAAGCAUAAACAGGAUAUUAAACAGACUAGUCAGAAAGCUGAAGGAGCAAAUAGUGAAAAACUUAAACCAAGAGAUACUGAAAGACACAAAGACCAUAGGCAUAGUAGUAGUGUAUUGGAUUUACUCAGGAGGAAGUCAGGAGAACACAUGUAUAGAAUCUUGUUAAGACAAAGUAGUAAUAGUAAGAGAACAGAGAACACAGUCAGUGAAAACCAUAGAAAAGGGAGAAAGAAAUAA